AUGUUUGAGGGAGGUGAGAACUACACACGUGUGUCAGAGUUUGUGAUCGUGGGCUUCCCGGGGCUCCACCCAUCCUUCUUCCAUCUGGUGGCCUGGUUCUUCUUCUGCGUCUAUGUGACCACGGUGGUGGGGAACUUCCUGCUGGUUGUGCUGUUUGCCCUGGAGCACAGCCUGCAGAAACCCAUGUACAUCAUCAUGCUCAGCCUGGCUCUGUCAGAUAUAGGUUUUGCAACAGUGGCCCUUCCCAAUCUGAUAGCUCGGUGGUGGUGGAACGACGGGAGGAUCUUCUUCCAUACCUGCAUGUUCCAGGAACAAAUGAUCCACUAUUUUGGAACGCUCAACUCUCUCAUUAUGUUGACCAUGGCUAUGGACCGGUACCUGGCAAUAUGUCACCCUCUCAGAUAUCCUAUGUUGAUGACCAACCGGACAAUGAGUGGUCUAACAGUCUUCUCCUGGAUAUCAGCCCAAGUGGCACCUGGCAUCGUCACCAUAGACUUCAGCAGGAAAGUGUCAUUCUGUGGUCCCAACCAUAUCCUCCAUGUCUACUGCGAUGCUAUAGCACUGACUAGGCUGUCCUGUUCCGACAUGGUGGCGAUCAAUAAUAGCUCCUAUGGGCUGGCCAUGUUUGUCCUCCUCGUCCCCCUCUCCCUUAUCAUCUUCUCCUACAUCAGCAUCAUCGUCACCGUGAUGCGCAUGGCCAACGCACAGGGCAGACGGAAAACCUUCUCUACCUGUGGUACUCAGGGAUGUCUCAUUCUUAUCUACUACAUCCCCCGCUUCAUAGUCUACUCCACGCCCUACAUGCCCAACCUGACAAUUACCCCUGAUCUCCGCGUCGGCCUCAGCCUCAUCUAUAGCCUGUUCCCCCCGGUGGCCAACCCGUUCAUCUACUGUUUCAGGACCAAGGAGAUCAGAACCAUCCUGGGGCGAUGGAGACAGCGUUGGGGGAAUAGCCGGACAGAACCGCGUAAACCCAACACUGUGGCUGUUAUCACGAGAUGAGAUACCACACACUGGGGGUUAUAACAUGUUAUAAUACAAGUAGGAUAGCCAUCCUGGGGUGCUGGGGACAGGGCUGGAAGAACAACAUUCUGCCUGUCAUCAAUAGACGAGGGGUUAGGUUAUAACAUGUUAAUUCAGAGAUAUAACAUGUUAUUUCAGGGUAAUAACCUGAUAAUUUAGAGAUAUAACGUGUGAUUUCAGGGUUAUGACCUGUUAAUUCAGAGAUAUAACAUGUUAUUUCAGGGUAAUAACAUAUUAUGAAUAUAAGAGACAACUCAACACUGUAGCUGUUAUCACUAGACGAGACUCACACACACGUGGUUCUGUAUCAUUGUAUAAAAAUAUAUAUCUGUUUCAUCUUUAAAAUGUGACUUGCGUCGUCUACUGAGUCGUCUCGUUGCUCCGGCGUUGUUGGAUAUUACUAUUCUCAAUGGAUCUGACGGAGAGAUGGCACUUGACAUUCUGAAAAUAGCAUUUAUUUGUAUUUUAUAGUAUCAUAACAAACAGUAAAUCUAAUUUUAAACAAGCCAGUUAAUUGUGCUGUCUGAUUAACUCUCAACCAGUAUGGAUAAUGUAUAAUAAACAGAGGAUAAUGUAUGAUAAACGGAGGAUAAUGUAUAAUAAACAGAGGAUAAUGUAUAGUAAACAGAGGAUAAUGUAUAAUAAAUCGAGGAUAAUGCAUGAUAAAUGGAGG